GUUGGAAAGGAGAAGCAGAGAGUUCCCUUCCCACCUGUUUCUCGUUUUUCUCGUCAUCAAAAAACCCUCUCUAGACAAGACCGAAUCUAUUCCAUCAGUUUUCUCGAACACCCAAUUUCCGGAAAUGGAUUUUUUCACUACCCAUUUCCCCAAAAUCGAAUCUUUCACUUCUUCAUCAUCCUCGAAUCUCUCAAACCCAUGAAAAAAUGGGUUUGGGUGCGUUUUAAACCCUAGUCAGAGCUUAUUUACAAGAUUUUGAUUAAUGGGUAGAAGUGAAUUCAAAGUUUUGAUAGGCAAACGAGAUGGGUUCUCCGAUUUGGGGCUUCAAUGGAGUCUCCCUGAAGGUUCUUAUCACCCAGGAGGCUUGUUUGCUAGUGUUGGCCAAGUGGGUAAUAAUAUGGGUUUUGGCAUUUCCCCAAAUUCGCCUAAUUCUCGAGACAACAAUGGUGGAUUCAAGCUACCUUAUACAGAUUUAUAUGUCAAGUAUGUGUCUUCGCCGGAGGGUUUUCGGAUUGUGGGUGUUCCAGAGGGGACUGAAGAGGAAGGAUUGAGGAAGAAGAAGAGUGGGAUGAAGCUUAAAAUCAAGAUUGCUAAUCCCUCACUCAGAAGGUUGAUAAGCGGCGCGGUCGCCGGGGCGGUGUCAAGGACUGCUGUGGCUCCAUUGGAGACUAUCAGGACACAUUUGAUGGUUGGAAGUAGUGGGCAUUCUUCUACUGAAGUGUUCCACAAUAUUAUGAAGACUGAUGGGUGGAAAGGGUUGUUUAGGGGCAAUUUUGUGAAUGUGAUUAGAGUUGCACCAAGCAAAGCUAUAGAGUUAUUUGCAUAUGAUACCGUCAACAAGACCUUGUCGCCCAAACCUGGGGAACAGCCGAUGCUCCCUAUCCCCGCCUCACUAGUUGCAGGGGCCUGUGCUGGAGUUAGCUCAACUCUGGUUACAUAUCCACUCGAGUUACUCAAGACACGGCUAACCAUACAGAGAGAUGCUUAUGAUGGUCUAUUUGAUGCAUUUAUUAAAAUAUUGCAAGAGGGAGGACCGGGAGAGCUCUACAGAGGUCUCACCCCUAGUCUUAUCGGGGUAAUCCCAUAUGCCGCCACCAAUUACUUUGCAUAUGAUACAUUACGAAAAGCAUACCGGAAAAUUUUCAAGCAAGAGAAAAUCGGCAACAUAGAAACGCUUCUGAUUGGAUCCGCGGCCGGUGCCAUUUCAAGUAGCGCAACUUUCCCACUUGAGGUGGCUCGGAAACACAUGCAAGUAGGAGCUGUGAGUGGGAGACAGGUUUACAAGAAUGUGCUUCAUGCACUCUCGAGCAUACUCGAACAGGAAGGAAUACAGGGUUUGUAUAAAGGGCUUGGUCCCAGCUGCAUUAAGUUGGUGCCUGCAGCCGGGAUUUCGUUCAUGUGCUAUGAAGCUUGCAAGAGGAUAUUGGUAGAGAAUGAGGAGGACGCAUAGAAGAUAUGGUGCAGAAGAAUAAAUGGAACUGAGUUGAUGCUGUACUCGUUUGAGUGGUAGGUAAAAGGUAGGACACAGCUUUAUUUAUGGAAAAUUUGUGUUUUUUUUUUUUUUUUGGACUGAAUUUUUUCAUUUCAAGGAGCCUGGUUUUAUGAAGUUAGAAUUGAUGUUUUUGAGAUCUGAUUUAAAAGUGGUUUUGAUUUCUUGGUUUGGAAAAUGAUUGGAUUGUACACUGACCAAUUACAUAGAUCUGGUUGAGAAGGCUGCACUAGAGGAAAGUCUCCACUUUUGACAGCUUCAAUUUGAUUUUAUCAUUUUGUGGAAAACUCAAGAUCCGUGGAAUGUUUCCUGC